AUGGCUGCAGGACACCUCGAGUCCGCCGCUGCCCAUCUCGGCGAGCAUCCCCUCCGCGACGUCGCCCUCCUCUCCGUACUCGUCAUCCUCGGCUACCGCGUCUUCCGGUACCUGACCGCCUAUCUCACGCUCAGCCGGGCCUACGCGCUCAACAACUGCGAGCGCCCGCCCGCGUACCCGCACAAGGACCCCAUCUUCGGCCUGGACGCGCUGCUCGCCAACAUGGCCGCCGCGCGCGACAGCGCCUUCACCAGCGCCUCGGCGCAGCGCUACCACGAUCUCGGCGCGCACACGUACUACACCUGGAUCCAGGGCCGACAGACAGUUCACACGGCCGAGCCCGAAAACGUCAAGGCCCUGCUCGCCACCCGCUGGAAGGACUACUCCAUCGCGGCGCGCAAGGCCAUUCUCGGUGGCCUCCUCGGCCGCGGCAUCUUUGUCAUUGAGGGCGACGAGUGGACGCACGCGCGCGCGCGCCUCCGGCCCAACUUUGCCAAGGAGCAGGUCGCCGACCUCGCCAUGCUGGAGCGCCACGUCCAGGAGCUCUUCAAGGUCCUACCCCGAGACGCGGCUGCCGUCGUGGACCUGCAGGAGUACUUUUUGCGCUUCACGCUCGACUCGGCGAGCGAGUUUCUCUUUGGCCACUCGACAAACACCCUCGUGCGGCCCUCGGCCCGCGACCAAGCGUUUGGUGAGGCUUUCACCUUUUCCCUUUUCAACAUUACGCAAAAAAUGCGCCGUGGCCCGCUCAACCGCUUCUACCGCCAGGACCCGCGCGAGGACGAGUCGCGCCGGAUAUGCCGCGACUACGUUGGGACUUUUGUCGACGAGGCCAUGGCGCUGCGCGCAAAGAUGAAGUCGGGCGGGCUCGACGACGACAAGGAUCAGGACGGCAGCAGCGACGAGCAGCCACAGCGCUACUACUUCCUCAAGGAGGUCGCCAAGACCAUGGACGACAGGGAGCACAUCUGCGACGAGCUCCUCAGCAUGAUGGCCGCGGGUCGCGACACCACGGCGAGCCUAUUCAGCAGCGUGUUUCACGUGCUGUCGCGCAGGCCCGACAUCUGGCGCAAGCUGCGCAACGAGAUCCAGGACUUGGACAGCCAGCCGCCAAGCUACGAGCAGCUGCGCAAUCUGAAAUACGCCAAGUACAUCAUCAACGAGACUCUUCGCCUGUAUCCUCCUGUGUUCCAGAACGGCAGAAGAGCCGUUCGCGACACCAUCCUGCCGACGGGCGGUGGCCCCAACGGCACCUCGCCCAUCUUCGUGCCCGCGGGCUGCGGCGUCGUCUACUCUGCGUGGACCAUGCACCGCCGCAAAGACCUUUACGGGGCGGACGCCUCCAAGUUUCGCCCCGAGCGUUGGGCGACCCAGCGCCAUGGAUGGGACUAUGUUCCCUUUGGCGGCGGCCCGCGCAUCUGCCUCGGUCAGCAAUAUGCGCUGACAGAGGCCGCAUAUGUCAUGGUUCGCAUGGCGCAGGAGUUUGCGUCAGUGGUGACGGCCGACAACGCACCGUGGACAGAGCUCAUUGCCCUCACUCUUUCCAUCAAGGGCGGUGUCAACUGCAAACUCACCCGUGCAUAA